UAUAGCUCAAAACUCAACUUUCUGGACAGGCUUAGAAUCCUAGGGUUGGAAGGGACUCCAUGGGUCAUCUAGUCCAACCCCCUGCAAUGCAGGAAUCACAACUAAAGUGUCCAGGGCAGAUGGCCAUUCAGUCCCUGCUUAAAAACCUCCAGUGAAGGGGAAUCCACCACCUUCUGAGGGUGCUCUGACUGUCAGAAAGUUCUUCCUGAUGUUGAGUCAGAAUCCCCUUUCUUGUAACUUGAAUCCAUUGGUUCGGGUCCCCCCCCCUCUGGAGCAGGAGAAAACAAGCUUGCUCCAUCUUCCAUGUGACAGCCCUUAAGGUAUUUGAAGAUGGCUAUCAUAUCUCCUCUCAGUCUCCUUUUCUGAACCUUUUCCAACUCUGCAGUAUGCUUUUUGAGGCGAGCCUACCAGAACUCCAAAUGCGGUGGCAGCACAGAUUUGUAUAGUGGCAUUAUGAUUUCGGCAGUUUUAUUUUCGGAACAGGAGGAGAGAUCCAGCCCCAGUUGUGGUGCUGGCUCAGCCCCAGUGGCUCUGGAAGGUUUGCAGAGGCUUCCAUCAGAAAAGAUGGGAAAGGAUGGUUUCCUUUUGCUGUUUUUCUCUUUCUCUGUGUUUUUUGUUUAGUUUCUUUUUAUCAUACUGUAUUAUGAAAACGUUUUAAUAAUUUUUAUUUUUUUUAAAAAAAAAGGUUAGUAGAGCAUGGGUUGUGGGUUCAAGCUUCCUGCAUUGCAGGGCGUUGGACUAGAUGAGCCCUGGGGUCCCUUCCAACUCUACGAAUCUUCGCUUCUAUUAUGGAGAAGGGAGCCAAGCCAGGUUAAGAACAAACAGCAAUUGUCCACCUACAAGAGAGCCACCCUGGAUGAGGAGGAGCUGGUGGACUCCAUGGAGGGAGAGGUCUACCCCAACGGGAUCCAGGUGAACUUCCGUGGGUCGGGGACCAGCAAAAGCUGCUGGGCUGAGCGGACGCAUGUUGAGAAACGCCUCCUGGUGCUGACAGUGACCCUCUUGGCCAGUUUCCUGGCCUGCGUCUUUGUGCUGUUGUUCCAGUUCCGAACCAGGCUCUGCCUGACGGAGUCCUGCAUCUCCGUGACCAGCUCCAUCCUGAGCUCGCUGGACCGGACGGUGGACCCCUGCGAGGACUUCUUCAGCUAUGCCUGCGGGGGCUGGAUCAAGGCCAACCCCAUCCCCGACGGCCAUUCCCGCUGGGGGACCUUCAACAAACUCUGGGAGCACAACCAGGCCAUCCUCAAGCACCUUCUGGAGAACACCACAGCCCAGGUGUCCAGCGAGGCAGAACGCAAAGUCCAGCGCUACUACCAGUCCUGCAUGAACGAGACCAAGAUUGAGGAACUGCAGGCCACACCCCUGGUGGACCGCAUCAAGAAGCUUGGUGGUUGGAACAUCAGCGGUCCCUGGCAGGAGGAUGACUUCAACCAGACUCUGCUGCAGCUGGCUGCACAGCACCACAUCUGGCCCUUCUUCUCCAUCUAUGUCAGUGCUGACUCCAAAAACUCCAGUGUCAACAUCAUCCAGGUGGACCAGGCAGGGCUGAUGUUGCCUUCCAGGGACUACUAUCUCAACAAAACGCAGAACGAGAAGGUGCUUGCAGGGUACCUAACCUACAUGGUCCAGCUUGCCAUGCUGGUUGGGGGGCAGGACGAAGCUGAGACCAGGCGGCAGAUGGAGGAGAUCCUGGACUUUGAGACCACCUUAGCCAACAUCACCAUCCCCCAGGAGAAGCGGCGGGAUGAGGAGCUCAUCUACCACAAGAUGCCUGCCAGGGAGCUCAAGAACCUUUCUCCGGCCGUGGACUGGAUGCCCCUGCUGAAUGCCGUCUUCUCUCCAGUGGAAAUCAAUGAGACAGAGCCAGUGGUGGUCUAUGCCAAAGAGUACCUCGAACAAGUCUCCUAUCUCAUCCUCAACACAGACAGGCGUAUCUUGCACAACUACAUGAUCUGGCACCUGGUGAGGAAAGGAGCUGGCUUUCUGGACCAGCGCUUCCAGGAUGCAGAGGAGAAGUUCAUGGAGGUCAUGUACGGCUCAAAGAAGACCUGCCUGCCCAGAUGGAAGUACUGCAUCAGCGAUACAGACAUCAACCUAGGCUUUGCGCUGGGCGCCAUGUUCGUAAAGGCCUCCUUCGCGGAAGACAGCAAGGCAGUGGCUGAGGAAAUGAUUAAGGAGAUCAAGAUGGCCUUCGAAGAGAGCUUGGCGACCCUCCCGUGGAUGGAUGAGGAGACGAGGCGGUCCGCCAAGGAGAAGGCCGACUCCAUCUACGACAUGAUCGGUUACCCUAAGUUCAUCAUGGACCCCAAAGAGCUGGACAAAGUGUUCAAGGAUUACGAUGCCGUCCCAGAUCUGUACUACGAGAACGUCAUGCAGUUCCUCAACUUCUCCGCCCGAGUGGCCGCUGAGCAGCUCCGGAAGCCUCCAAACCGCGACCAAUGGAGCAUGACUCCCCCAACAGUGAAUGCUUAUUACUCCCCGACCAAGAAUGAAAUUGUCUUUCCUGCUGGGAUCCUGCAGCCUCCAUUCUACACCCGAAGCUCCCCAAAGGCACUCAAUUUCGGUGGGAUUGGUGUGGUCGUGGGCCAUGAACUGACUCAUGCUUUUGACGACCAAGGCCGGGAGUACGACAAGGAUGGCAACCUCCGCCCCUGGUGGAAGAAUUCGUCGGUGGAGGCCUUUAAGCAACAGACUGAGUGCAUGGUGGAACAGUACGGCAACUACACAGUCCAUGGGGAGGCCAUCAACGGCAAGCACACCCUGGGGGAAAACAUCGCCGACAACGGGGGGCUCAAAGCCGCCUACCGGGCUUAUCAGAACUGGUUGAGGAAAAAUGGAGAAGAGGAGACACUGCCCACGCUGGGCCUCACCAACUACCAGCUCUUCUUUGUGGGGUUUGCCCAGGUCUGGUGCUCCGUCCGCACCCCGGAGAGCUCUCACGAAGGACUGGUCACCGACUCUCACAGCCCCUCCCGCUUCCGAGUCAUUGGGACCAUCUCCAAUUCCCCGGAGUUCUCGGAGCACUUCCGGUGCCCGCAGGGCUCCCCCAUGAACCCGCAGCGGAAGUGUGAGGUCUGGUGAAGUUCCCCAAAACCGAGGAGAGAAAAAAGGAAUGGGAUAAACUGGAGGGCAGUGUGGGAAAAACACAGCAGGAGAGGGUGCCCUCAGCCCUCCUCCACACCUAAGAGGCGCCCUGUGACCUUGGGACUAGUUCAACGCUCUGCGGUGGCUGGGAGGGGUCCCCAGCCCUCACCCCAAAGCACCACCCAAUUUGACCCACUGUGAAGAUGUCCUCUACUCCAGAACCAAUUGCGUCGGUGUCCCCCUUUGCCCCUCACUUUGCUAAAAGUGCAGAAGUCUGCACGCAUGUCUGUGUUUCAAAUGCACUGACUUUGGGGUGGGGGUAGCGUUGUGCUCUCUCCCUGCCCCCUCAUGUGUGGGGGGGGACUGGCGCUUCGCCACCAUAGGCUUGGAAGUUCUUACGUCGUUUUCCCCCCCAAAAGGGGGAACCCAAAUUUUAAAAGAGAACCCAUUUUGGUCACACCUAACAAGCGCCAAUCCUCUCUGUAGACAGACAUUCACGUCCAUACAUAUGUAUAAGUUUUGUGCGCUCACAUACACAUGGUAAAACUUGUAAGAUAUUUCUGCGGAAAUUAUUUUUUUUAAUCUUGCGGAACACUGGAAAGUUCAGGGAAAAUGUAUUGAGUUGAAUGGACUGGUAUAUUUAUUGCGUGUGUGUGCAAUUCUAGGUUAAGGGCAUUCUGCUUAAAGCUGAGAGGCAGGAUACAAACCUCCCCCAUGGCUCAUCUCUCCUCACCCCCAGUGUCUUCUUAGGGGGGGAACGGGUGUGGCUCAUUUCCACGCAGGCUCUCCAUUUUGCUUGGGAAACAUUCUGGGGUCUGACUUCUCCAAAACUCUUUCCUUCCUGGCAACACCGUUAACUUUUCCAGUUGAAAUCCUGGACCUCUGCCCUAGCCCCAGGUGCAGAGCAGGCCACCUUUUCUAAAAAUGCUGCCUUUGAGGCUUUGGGCUUCAAUCUCCAAGCUAAAUCUGGGAGAUUUCCCAGCCAGGACAAGCAUGUCACAACCUACCAGCCACCAUUGGCAGCCUUUGCACCAGGAAGAUGAGCUGCCUUGCAGAGAAAUGCCCCCAUCACAAACUCGAAGAUGCACCUCAAAUGAUGUACCUUGUGCGUCAAGACCCCAGCGGACGUGGGCAAUUUCAGUGCCGCUGAAGAAGUAGCCCCUGAAAGUCUUGCUGAAGUACUGUCUGUCUUUUCUCAGCCAAAGAAUAUGCCUGUAUUGAGUCUGGAGCUGAAUCAUCCGGACAUUUGUACACAUAACCCCAAUUAAAAAAAAAAUUUAAGGCUUGGUAGGCCCAUGGACCUGCAGCUGACGUGUUCUCCUCCCCCCCCCCUUUUGUGGCCUUAAUAACUUGAUUAAGGGUUAUUGAAUUUGAAAGUGGGGCCCAAAUCCUGGCUGUUUGUGUGGUAUCAACUCUACUCCACCACAGCCCAAACUCUUGCAGGCAUCUAACUGCUUUUGCUUUACCAGUGCCCUCCACCACUGUGAACUCUUGGGUGCUCAGCAGCUCGACAAAGGCAGAAAACCUGGAGCUUUCAGCUGUGGAAAGGUGUCAGGACUCCAGGGAAGACUGUCUGCCUCAUGACGAAGCCAUUUUUUAUUGUACUGAAAUACGGUGGUCAGUUUCGGAGACCCCUUGACUGGUGGAACUUGGGCAGUGAUGCCCCUGCGCUUGCAAACAAACUUCCUUGAAGAAACAGAGCUUCCUUGGACUUUGGAGCUGCUCGUCUCUCCUCCCAGCCUCCCUGCAGCAUUGUGGAGCCUGGAGCCAUUGCAAUCCCAACUCAUAUGCUGAACUUCAGGCAGGGAGAGAAGAUGUGCUGUACCUCCUUUCCUAGGCAAGCUUUCUUAUGCCUUGAAUUAAACAGAGGAGGGGAGAGCUCCACCACUGCAAGUGCAACCCAGGCCUCCCCAACUCCACUACAAGUUGAGAUGCCUUCAUUCCAAAGAAUCAGCAAGAUUGCUUGCAUAGUGAUUAGUGGUUUCUCUUCAUCCUCUACUUUUGAAGAAGUCCAUCUUGCGUGUAUUUUUGGUUGUGUGUCUGUCUUUACUUUGUCUAGUGAGCCUCCUGCCCUGAGGAUGGGCGAAACGGAUCAGUUGGUUUGCAGCCUCCCAAAGCUUGUAAAGUUGUGAAGUCCCCACUCUUCAUCUCCUGCGGAAGUGGCUCUCCAUCAUUUGGUACCACGAUUCCAGGAGGACCUGGGGGCGCAAAGGGAUAGCCACUGGGUUUCUGGGGCACUGGGCACAGCAGCAUCACCCCCAUUUCCUGUCCUCAGUCUGUCUUGUGGUGAUGUGCAGGUGGGGGACAUGGCUGCUUGAACUCUGCCCUGCUGCGACACAUGGGCCGGGGUUGAGAAAAUGAGUGAGUGUGAGCUUUAUCUUUGCGAGGGGGAAAUGCCUUACUCUCAACACGGCUGAGACUGCUUCCAGUGCCUUAACAAUGUUGGAGCAAUCCUCCCACCAGCAACAUCGUGCACUUCCUGGGCCAAAUCGUGCCCUGCACCAAACAAUGAGCCUGCAAGCACACAGUAAACAAAGAUCCAGCAGGUAUUGUGCUGAUCAUGCCAUCUCUGACAUCUUGCCAUCUUGGGCUUGUGGAAAGGGUGCCUUGGACACUCUUCCUGAUUUCCCCAAGCGUCUGUCUGUCUGUCUCCCCUGCCCUUUCUCUCUCCCCAGAGAUCUUUCCUGGUGACCAAAAGUGGCCUCUUUUUUGCUGCUUGGGACGAGCACUGAUCCCUUGAUGCCAUUUUGUUCAGCCGCCUUCUCCCACCACUGAAGGUGAGGAGAGGGUGCCUUUCCAGCACCUGUCCAGGGGAGAGUGAAGAAGGAAAACCAUCUGAGUUUUGUUCUGUACCCCUUAACAGACCCCGCUUAGUGUGGUGAGAGCACAGACCUGCUCUUGAACCCAGUGCUGCUGCUGCAGCAGCAGCAGCCAUCCUUCUCAUUUUGGGCUGCUCUCUUCCUCUUCUGGUUUUCCUCUUGGAUCCCUCCUGUGCAGAGUGAAAAUGGUUCCAUUUGUGUAAUCUGCUUUUAGUAAUUGGACCCAAGAAGAAUGCGGGCUGAUUGUUUCAAGAUGGUGCAGCAGAUGCUUUAAGAGGGCUGGGGGUGGGGAGACAUAGUAGAAUUUCUCCCCUCUAAAUGGGAAGAAAGAAGACCCACCACCACCAAAAAUGUAGGGCUUGUGAUACCCUAAGGGGGCUUGCUCAGCAUCUGGGAAGGCUUGUAGCCACUGAAAAAGGGAAAUAUUAGGAAAUGGUUUUCUUCACACCAGACAAGGCCAAACUUAUUUCAGACUAGGGGAAGGUCUGGGAGGAAUAUUGUGGUAUUUAUGUAUGGAAGGGAUGGGGGAGAAUAUAAGGUCUGGCUGAUUUGUUCUUUGUUGUCACCUUCCCUGCAUCUUCAGAGAUUAUUGUAAUUUUGAAAUAAAAGCUUUUAUUGCGUUUUAUUAAUUUUGGGAGUUUGUGUGUGUGUGUCCCUAACUCUGCUUUUGACUAUCCCCUAUCCCCCACCAAGGUUCCUAUUUUCCCCUCACACUAUUUGUUAUUUGCUAAUUAAAAUAUCUACACUUAU